UCUAUCUCUCACUUUUCUCUCUGUAAAGCAACAACAUUUCUCUUUCUUCAUCUUCUUCAGUCUCUGCAACAUUAAGACGAAGCCAUGAGCUCCUUAAUUAUGAGAACCCUUCAGAUUCGUAAGCCCGCUUCCCUCCCCGUCUCUUCCACCUCCACUGACGCUUACGAACCGGGUCUUCUCCGCCGUCGUCUCUCUUCUCUCUCCCUGAAUCUCUCCCGUAACCAGACUUCCACCGAUGAUUUACAAAGAUCCAAAUCUGUCUCAGCCAUUGGAGAGCAAAGAGGUAGCUCUGUCAAAGAAUGGUGGAAAUGGAGUUGGUCAUUGAUUCUCUUGAAGAAACUACCAAUCUUUUUCACAGAUCUUGAGUUUAACGAGAACCAAACCAAGUCAUCGUUGGGGAAUCAACAGAGAGGCGGCUUUGUUCAAGUUUUCGUCAGGCUCCGUUCUGAGAUUCGCCGUCUAUUCCGUAUUUCCUCCUCCGACUCUCUCCCUCUCUCAUGCAACCGAUGAAAAGGAUACAUUUUUGUGUUGUGGCCGAUCUCCUCAUAUUCUUUAUUAAGUCAUUCUCAUUGAAUGUUUAAACUUUGGUGUGUAGACGAUUUACUCAUACUCUUUGUUAGCAAAAAAUGUCUUCAUAUGUUCUUACUUCCUAUGUGAUUGAUGAAGUUAUUUGCUGUAAUUCCUAGAUUUUAUCAUUUUUAAAACAAAUUUUGUUGUGAAAUGUAAAAUUAUUUCAGUUGUUUUGUACUAAAAGCGAUGCAAUUAAACGUUAACCGUU